AUGGGGUCACCAUUUUCGCCUGCUCUGUGCGGCAGGGUCAUCGCUGCCCAGGAAGAGAUUUGGCGACGCACUUUUAGCAUCACGUGCUCCAGCAUGUACCGAGCCUUGCUCAGCCUGCGUUAUGUCGACAAUCGGAUUUGGAUCUCCGAGAGGAGGUUUGAACAACUCCCUGGCGUUCGACUAUUACUCAACAAUCGCUUUUACGGAGGUGAUAUCGCUCUGGAGGACGAACCCGCCUACGAUUUCGUGGGCUUUUCCCUCGACUUUGAGCAACGUCGCAUCAUGUAUAACCGUGCCUGUCAGACUUCAGACCUUCCCAGCACCAAAUCUGCCGCCCCUGAACAUGUGCUGCUCAGUGGCGUGCUUGCCUUGGCACACACCAUAAAGAAGUGCUCGUACCCUCGAGCACAAGCUCUCAUGGACCUUAGGCGGGAAAUCACUCGGGCACUACUCGAGGUUCUUCGUGCAGACGCCGCGGCCAGUGACGAAGAACAUUCGGCGUCUCACAGCGCCUCCCUCUCCAGCGCCCUGCACGACGAAACAUUUCGCAACAUGCUCGCAGACUUCGUCGAAAAGACGACGCAGGAGGUCAAUGACCUGCAGCAACGAGUUCGAGAACUUGAGAACUCCGUGGCCAGAUGA